UCAUAGAUGGCGAUGAAACUUGUCUUUUAGUCUGCUAUAAAAGAGUCAAAUAAAAUGUCUGCAAUUGUCAACCUACGUGUUUUCCGUAAUUUUCAGCAGUUUGUGUCAAUUAGACCCAUUUCUAAUUAUCCCACAUCAUUUCGCAAAAAAAAAGAAAUUCAGAAAGUGGAUGAUGACGAAUUCCGUUCGCUGGAUCUGAGUCCCAACAAGUCGUUGAAUAUGAGACAUACGGACGCAAAGUAUACAAGAGAGCAGCAGUUCAUCCUCCACAUUCCAACAAAAGAAGAUUGGCCCUCAGUUUCGCCAGUUGCCAGAUCUUUCCAUCCAGCUAGUUUCCCCCUGCCCUUGCAUCAGAACUAUGUUGUUCCGGGGGCAACACCACCCAGUAAAUUUGCCAAUGCAGAGAUGAUGAAGAUCCCCAACUUCAAGUUAGGUUAUGGCCGUCAAGCAGCCUACCGUCAACUAUUUUGUUCAAAAUCAUUGUAUUUUACUGAAUGUGCAAUAGAAAUGAUACAGGAGUCAUAA